GCAGAGAGCCGCACAAGCCGGUGUACAGAGGCUACGAAGUAAAGAAGACUAACGCCACUUUCAAUUAAUUGAGACAGAAAAAGGUUGUCGGAGAAAGCAAGCAAGGAGACUAAGACGAAAACAGAAGAUAUUUACAGACAAUAUAUUAAUCCUGCUCCUGCUAUUUUUAUUCAGAUGCAGGGAAGCAUGCGAUUGUGGAUGUCUGUGCUGACUAUAUGUCUAUCCUUGCUGAUCUGCUUGGGAACAUUUGCUGAGGCGUACCCAUCAAAACCAGACAAUCCAGGAGAGGAUGCACCAGCAGAAGAUAUGGCCAAAUACUACUCAGCACUGAGACAUUAUAUAAACCUCAUAACAAGACAAAGAUAUGGAAAGAGAUCAAAUCCUGAAGCAAUGCUGUCAGAUGUUUGGUGGAGAGAAAGCACAGAAAACGUUCCUCGAUCCCGAUAUGAAGACCCUCCAAUGUGGUGAUUACAAUGAAAUUCCAUCUUCAGUCUUUUUCAAAGUUUUUGAUCCAUAUUUCAUUGCUCUCUGACAAAUCUGACUUUUGAAAACCCUCCAAAAACAAGACCAAUGCAUGCAGACAUUUGCUGAAUUCUGUACAAUUAUUUUAUUCUUCCACCACAUUUGUAUAAAGACAUCUGUUGUUGAAAUAAAUACUUUGUGCUUUGAAAGUGCAAUGAAGAAAUGAAAAAUACGUAGCAGGUGUUUCCGGAGCAGAAAAUAUACCUGACAGGGGAGGUCAGUAUGUUGUAACACUUCUGUCAGCGAAACAAUUAAGAGACCUCACUAAUUUCAUUCCAUUUAUGUUAUGUCAAUGAUUGGAGCUCUUACAUCGUGUAUCUUUCUUGUGGAGAAAAGUAAAAUGCUGUAUGAUGUAAUUAUAUAAACCAAUCCAAAAGGAAAUCUGAUUUUAAAUUU